UCGUAAAAAAAAAGUGGACAUAAAGCGCCCCGGGCCUACAAAUCACCGGCGCCAAAUUAUGAGUUCGCUCGACUUCGCCAACGCGCUGUUUUCCAAAUACCAUCGAGCCGCCACGAGCUGCUCCACUCUUCUCUUCGCAGACCAUCUAACUUCUCCCGUCCCGACUUCUCCCACUGCUACCGCAGCUUCUUCUUCGUGCGCCCUCGUGUCCAGCGGAUAUCACCUCCAUGCGGCCGGUGGGAGAGGUCGCCCUCUCCCUCCCUCCUCCAUUUCUUCAAGUUCUUCCUCGUCCUUCAUCCCCUCCUGUUCCUCCUCGUCACUCUGUUGGUCUCUGAACCGGAGCGGCGGGAGCGCCCGGCCCAGCGCGCAGCCUUCCGAGCCCGUUGAAGUGUGCGCAGCCGGUCCACAGAGCUCCUCCCCGCAGGGAUGCGCCACGGAGCGGUUUCCCGGUCGGUCUCAGCUCUGCACGCUGGCCGGUCUCUUUGAGCCGCCCUGCAGGAGGCAGAGUUGCCCGGAGCAGCAGCAGUGGCAGUUAAACGAGGAGGAGCCACGUAUUUACCCCUGGAUGAGAAGCUCAGGUGUCGACAGGAGGCGCGGGCGGCAGACGUACACGCGCCACCAGACGCUCGAGCUGGAGAAGGAGUUCCACUAUAGCCGGUACCUCACGCGGCGGCGGCGGGUGGAGGUGGCGCACGCGCUCCUGCUCACGGAGCGGCAGAUCAAGAUCUGGUUCCAGAACCGGCGGAUGAAGUGGAAGAAGGAGAACCAGGCGACGAAGGGCGGCUCCCCGACGGCGGCGUUACCGACGACUGGAGAAGAGGAGGGGGCUGAGGAGGAGGUGGAGGAGGAGGAGGAGGAAGAGUGACACUU